AUGUUAGCCGAACACCCCAUGAUCUAUCUUCCCCGAAUUAACGGAGAAACCACCCCCAAACCCAGCAGAAACACCCCGGAUGCCGUCCUGCAGCAGCCACACAGCAGCAACCCUCCCUCGGAGGAGGUCGAAGUGCUCACCCAGUCGCUCGCACUCAGGCUCCAGGAACUCGCCACCGCAAACAACGACGGCCUGCUCGACGACGACGAGUACCGCACCCUCAGGAAGGGCCUCUUCGACCAGAUCAAUGCCGGCAACCAACAGCCCGUCCUCAUCCAACGCCCCUCAAACCUCGCCCUCUCAUCCCCCCUCGGAUCCGCCUCCUUCCGCGAACCCGAAUCAAGCUCCCAGCACCAAAUACCUAGCCAAUGCAAUUCGCCCGGCCCGAAAUCGAUCCACACGAACGACAGACGCUCACAGUACGAUGCACCCACGCUCAGGUCGGCGCGCUCCACACGCUCGACCUCGUCGUUUCUGCACAUGAUAUUCCGCCGGCCGUCGCGGCAGAUGAACGGGACGGCCGAGGAGCAGAUGUCCGAGGGCCGGCAGCGGAGCACGCCGAGCCGGGCGGGCUCGGUGCACUCGGCGAUGUACUCGGACUCGGGCCAGUCGAGUCUCUACACCCACCCCUCCGCGGGCGGGAUGCGGAUGGGCAGCAACGGCCAGCUCUCCGCCAGCAUGCGGCCCUCCGCCACCGCCCCGGGAGACUUCUCCUCGCCCAGCAGCCGCCGCGCCGAGUCCGCCUACAACGACGCCUCGCCGCUUCCCCGAAGAGCGCCCUCGCAAUACCUCUCCGCCAGCCCGUCCCCCCGGACGAUCAACGACCACCCACAACAAGCCUACCACCCCCUUCUCGAGACCUUCGACGAGAUGGAGAGGAACCUGGUGGCCAAGUACCGCACCAUGCCCCGCUCUGGGCCCGGCGGCCCGGUGACGAAGAUCGAGGAGCUCGACGAGCUCCUCGUCCUCAACCAACACCAGCAACAGAGCCAAGCGGCCUCGCCCACGCUCACCAUCGGCCCUUCCUCCUCCGCCACCGUCCGCGAACCACUGCCGAUCCCCGACGACCCCCUCUCCGCACGCCGCCAGUCCUCAACCCGGCCCACCUCCUUCCUCGCCCCGCUGCUCAACCCGCGCUCGUUCAAGCCCAAGAGCCGGUCGAUCUACCGCGACAUGCACCCCUCCCCCACACCCCCCCCCACACCCGCCUCCCGCGGCCUGCUCUUCCACCAACAGCAGAUCAACGCCCUCCGCUCCGACCCCAACCAGGAAUCCGAGCUCCAGGUCGAGCUCAACUUCAUCGCCCACUCGCGCCUCAAGGUGGCCGCGAAAUACCAGGACAGACUCGUCUAUCUGCGCGCCAAGUUGAAGGGCGCACUCAUCCGUGAACUCUCCUCCUGA